UCCUUCACCGAAAGCUUUCCCAAUUCAUCAAAUGUACCGUAAGAAAGGUAGAAUGAAGAAAAAAUAAAAAUGUCUGUGCAAUGAUGGCCUACUGUGUGUGUAAUAUUAUGUAUUUUCGAUUUCAAACGUGACUCAGAACCAACAAUUAAUUUUCUUGGUUUCUUCCCUUUAUUGAAUGAAGACGAGUUUUUACUUGUUGCGCCCCUUGUCAUGGGCGUCGUCGCCGUUUCACAGUCAACACAGGAUCCGGAAGUUGUCAUUAUUGACAUCAAAACAUAAUGCGACAGGUCUUGUGCACUUGUCCUAACGUCAGUUCUUCACCAGUAGAUAGCAAAACGUCGGUGAAAUGAUGUGAACAUUGGGAAGGAGAAGUCUUGAAAUGUUGCUUCUCUGGCGGUAGUCAUCGUUUGAUUGUAUUGUAUUGGCUUUUGGCUACUGGGAACCAUGUCUAACAUUAUCCCUAUCGUUUCUUCGUCUCCUCCUCCUAUGGAUGACUCGACUUUCGCCUGGAAUGAUGAAGAUGAUGACGACGAUUUUGGGAAUUUUGCAAGUGCACCAGGGAUAAGUAGUUUACAUAGCGAGUCGGAGACACAGCUCUCGUCGCCUGAAAUACCUUUGCCAGCCAAUGGUUCUUUUGAUAAAGAAGAUGUGCUGGAAGAGAAAGAAACGAAUGGUAUGAAAAAUGGUAUAGUAGAUAAAACAUCUGCUUCUUGUGCAAAAAAUCUUGACAAUACUGCCUCUAAUGACCAUGCUUCAUCGGAGGAUUCAGCUCAGAAUCAUUUUGAGCCAGAAUUUGAAGGUAGCAAAAGCAGCCACACUACUAGUGAAAAUGACAUUGAGUUUGAGGCUGACUUCCAACAGUUCUCGCAGUUCCAGGAAAACACGGAGUGUUCUGACGAGCAGCAGCAGCACAGCACGAGCUCAGGCCUGGUGGAGAGUCGGGAGAAUGCGGAGAGCGACUUUGGUUCCGUGGACGAGUCGGAGAAUGCGACGAGCGACGACAAGCAGCAGUGCUCCCUGGCCAGAGUGAAUAACGAGUCUGUGCACAGCAACGCUUCCACCAUGGACUCGGGGGUUUUUGGUUCUGACAUGUCCCCGAGUCUGGUGGCGAGUCACCGGUCGGACAUUGGUCAGGAGGAAGGAAUCAGUGCUUCCGAAAGUGACGGUAAAUUGUCAUCGGACGAGCACAACAAGGUGUUAGAGGAUGAAGAUUGUGACAAUGAUUCAGUUGCCAAUACUUCUGAGACGCAAAAUGAAGCAGUGAAUUCCAAAGGUUGUGAUCUUGGUAGCAAUGAUGAUUCAGUCCUAGGCGAGCAGGAAAAUCACUGUGGUGUGGAAAGUACGAAGCAAGAGGAAGGGGACGAUGUUGACGACUGGUGUGACUUUGACUCUGCUCCUUCCGUCAGUGUUGAUACUUCUCAAAAUUCUGUACCUGAGUUGCAAAAAAGUGAUAUAAGUGACUCGUACGGUACCUUACAGCAGUCUUCUGUAGCAACAGUAUUAGAUAAAGACUCGUUAGUGACCACAUCCGUAGCCUCAGACGGUGUUAGUCAGUCACUACCUCAAAGUAGCUGUGACAGUAAAGAUUCUGACGGUGCAGACGUGGCCGUUUCAUCUGAGUGUUCUGAAAAGAGUGUUCGCCUCGACCGGUCAGAAGGUUCAUUAGAUCAACAUGAAGUUUCUGUCUGUGGUGAUGCACGUGCUGAAGAAGGAUAUGAACGAUUGAGUGACGGGGGCGGUGAGAGUUGUGAACUUUCCAAUUCUGAUGAUGAGGGGUCAAAACAUUCCAGUAAUCUCAGUGCUGAUGUAGAGUCAGAUCUGAGCAAAAAAGUCCACGUGAAUGAAACAGAGGAUGCGUCUGGAGAUGAAGAUGGUGCAGCAGCUAAAGUUACAGAGGAAAAAAUGGCAGAAAGUUCGAGUCCCAAAGAAGAAAUCCCACCAGAGGUUUGUGAACAAAUUGGAAAGACAGAACAAGUGGAGGAGGCUGCUAGUACGAGUAAAGUGUUUUCAGAGGAAGACAGUCAGCCAGAGCCAAACUUCCAGGAGUCUGUUUCCCCGGAGGAGGAUGGUGACGAUGAGGACGGAAAAGAAUUUGGUGACUUCAGCUCUCACCGCGAUAGGAAAGAAAGUGACCCUCACGAAGAAGUCACGCCCAUUACGUUCAGAACGAGCGUCUGUGAACCGGAGGAUGAGGAAGACGAUUUUCAAUUUGAGAAGGAGCAGCCUCCUGCUUUUGAUGAUGACGAUGAUGACGACGACGAUGAUUUUGGAGAUUUCGGCGCUGCACCCAUAGCUGGCUCCACUGCGGCAGUUUCGUCCGUUGUGGCAGCGGCUGAUGACUUUGGCGACUUUGGGAGUGCGGAGGCAGGAGAUGAUGCAGGGUGGGCAGAUUUUGACAGUGCACCACCGGCGCCACCAACUGCUGCUGAUACGGAAUCCUUCGGCCAUUUUGAGGAUGCCAGGACAGCGAGCCCAGUUGUCAUGGCUACAGAUCAGAGCAAAGCCGGCAAACUUGAAAGAGCAGUCCUUACUUCAUUCCCCGAGCUCCCCGGUGAGGAGCCUGCCAGUGAGGGUGAAGGAGCGGGCGAUGAGCAGCUGGAAGGGUCUGUGGCGUCCUCCGAGGGCUCGACCUUGACCUCCCUGAGCACGGUGGUGGAGCUGGGGCUGACCAACCCGACGGAGGCGCAGCAGCAGACGUGGACGGUGGUCCAGCAUCCCGCCAAGAAAGACCCCAAGGUCAUGUUGUGGGGUCAUCUGAAGGAUGUGGACUCGUCUCACGCUCUGGUCUACGGCUGGCCCAGCUCGCACUGUAGCUCCGAGGUGUUCAACACGCUGCACAUAGACACCAAGAAUGUGCUGUUCACUCAAAAGAAGCAGGCUGUGCCGUUCUUCAGUUCCGGCCUGAGUAUCCUGGAGCCCAUCAGAGGCGGCUCAGACAACAAGAAAGAGAAGAAAAACAUUCCCCUACAGCCUUCCUUACUGGACACCAGCAAACAGGAGAACACGCCGCCGCCCGCUGCCCAGGACAUUCCACCAGUUGAUUUUGACUGGAGGUCGAGCGGACUGACCAACCCUCUCACAGCCAACACCCUAGACUUAGAUUUUCUUGUCGUUCAGGGAAGUGACACUUAUGAAAAGACCUCAGAUGAGUGGGACUGGGUGUUCAAGGCGGACAACCAGGACACGGGCCGGUCUGGUCUCCAGCCUCUGGAGGACAUCCUCAAGCACAGCACGCCCACGGCCAAACUGACCACCCAGGAGUUCCUCAGCCCCGAGGCCACGCGCGUCCUGGACAAGAUGCCCAGCCUCAGCUUCAUGCAGUCCAAGGUUCUCAUGUUUCCCAUCAAGCAGUAGGAGGAACGGGAAGGGGUAAAAGAUUAAGGGGAAGACCGUGUGGAACCUUAAAAAGUAGAUAAUAGGAGCAGGAGAAAGGGGAAAAGAUCAAGGGGAAGACCAUGGGGAACCUGUAGAUAUCGGAGUUCUCAUUAAAAGCAAUAGAAGCCGC